GAUAGAUUUACUUCCUUUUACGACUACACCAAAGGGGUAUAUUAACCACUAUCCGUCAUGUCGACUACGAACUGUAUAAGCUGUGGAAGUGUUGGUAAAUGUGAACAGUGCAAAACAUGUUUGUUCAAAGGGUGCAAGAAAUGUGCAGAUUCUCACAAGGAUUUUUGUAUGAUACUUAUGAAAGACAAGUGUCAUUUUUGUAAAGAUCAUGAUGAAUAUGUGAAUGGAUACUGUUUCAGUUGUUUUCGUCUUACCUGUAAAGAAUGUGUUGUCGACAACCAUGUAAAUCACAACAUAUUACCAAUUUGUCAGGCUGUCCAUAAUAUCCGUCUUGAUAUACAAAGUUCCAUUGACGAACUCGAAACUAAGAUAGGUCAAGAGCAGAGUUUCGUUGACAAUGUUCCUAUGAAGCAAAAUGACUCCAAAAUCCUAGCAAAGCAAAUAGACGAAGAGGAAAAACAACUUCAUGAGCUCUUAAACGCAAAAAAAUCCGGUCUACUGCUUAACGUCGAAGAAAUGACGAAAACAGUAGAGGUUCAAUGUACUACAUCAAAAGCAAUGGUGACCUCAAUGACGCAAGCAAAAGGUACUUUAGAAUCGGUCAAAAAUGAAAAAAAAUCUCAUAUUAUUUUUGUUUAGAUGGUCAAACCCAAGAUCAAUAAUUGAAAAACAAAUAUCCCUUCAAAAAGAAAGAAAAACAGAUGACAAGGCGAGCCUGAUUGGACAAGACAUCAAAAGUCAGUUUCUAGAUCCAUUGAUAAGACUUUCCAUGAAAGAUUGCAGCAAUAGUUAUGGAACCCCGAGAUAUCAAACCGGUGAAAUAGAGAGUUCAUCGUUUAACUUAAAUGAACUUUCUAAUAUCAAAGACGUUGCUAGUGUUGAUGAAGAAGAUGUAUUAGAAGAGGAUUUUGUAAAUAUCACCCAUCCAACUGAAGUUGAGGAAAGAAAUAAAAAAGCACUAAAAGAAGAAUGCAUAUCUCUUCGUCAUCAGAUCAUAAGUCUAAAGGAGAAAAUAGCUUAUAUGGAUAAAUGUUUAUCCGUUUACAAGGAUGAAAAGGAGUAUAUAGUGACAACUUCGAAAAGACUUCAGAAUUUGAUUGUGAAAACUACACAAAAAGUCACUAGCAAAGAUCUGAUUGAAGAAAUUUCAUUUCCGGAAACAGGCAUUGAUUUAAAAGAUAUGUUUACAGGAGUAUAUAACUCAGUGAUCAAAAGUGUUAAACAACUAAAACAUGAGUUGACUGAAAGAACACGUGAACUUGAUGAAAAAUGCGUAUCUGUUGCACAUUGGACAGAUAAACAAAGAGCAGAAAUUAAUGCCAUGCACAUGAAACAUGAAAAAGAUAUGUAUGAGAAAGAUGUAAAACUGUCGUUCUAUAUGGAGGAAUGUCGGUCAAAUGAGAAAAAGAUAAAGGAGCUCAAUUCUACCAAUUAUAAUCUACAGAACCAAUGUGGAAAGUUACAACACCAGUCUUUUCAGCUACAAAAAAUACUUGAACAAGAGAGGCUACAACAGAACCUAUUACAGGAAAAUGAAGAAUUAAAAACAAGAUGGAAACACACGGACAAUUGGAUUAAACAACAAGAAUUCAACACACAAAAACUAAUGUCAACAAUAGAACAGCAACGUCUACAGAUAUCAAACUUCGAGCAAGAUUUGCUAAGAGUCAAAAGUGAAAAAGAUGAUCUUCAGACUAGAUUGAGUAGCAUUGCUGGCGAAAAAUUAACCAAGGGUAACCCAUCCAUAACUGAUCUGGGAGACCCCAACCGUCCAAUGAGGAUCGGAGAAAAGUACGGCGAAUUAUAUGACAACGAAUGGACAGAUGCGUUGGAUAAUGUGGAUUCUAUAGAAAACUGUUUCCCUGGUUUAAAAAAGGCAGACCAGGAGGAAAUUGUCAUACAUCAUAUGUAUAGACUGUUGAUGUGUUGUUUUAGAGAGUGCAGGAUUAUUUCCAUGAAGCAGAUACAAAAUAUCGGACAAAAAGUCGCAGAAGCAAUGUGCCUAAAUAUAAAAUCUGAUGAAGAACUUUCUACAUUACCUGGGUGUAAAGAAGUUCAAAUUUAUAGGAGACAGAAUUCAGAAGGGUUUGCUAAUUACCUUGUCAAAAGUCAGAUCACAUGUAAGAACGUACUUGAAAACUGGGAUUAUGGUCACAAAAGUGAAAUUGUACUUCAAGAGCUUAUUACAACACCUUUCUUUCAUAAAUGUGUUCAUCUUUGUUGGUGUAUGGCCAUACAAGAUCCACUGAUGUACCUUGCUGAGCAUCUUCCUCCGGACACGAAAUUUGAUAAGAACGAAUAUAAAGAAUUUGUAAAGAGCGGGGAUAAGGUUAAGUUCAUGGUAUGGCCAGCUUUAUAUUUGCAUAAAGAUGGACCCUUACUUCAUAAAGGUGUGGUGCAAGCUUAUUGGUAACAUUCGUUAGGAUUCUUGAAUUUCUGUAAUGUUAACUUUGAACUAAGCUAUUUAUUAAUCUUUUGGUUUUAAUACAACGAAGUCGAUGACAAAAAUGACCACGGAACCAACGAUUUUGUUUAUGUUAUCUUUAGGAAAGUUAAAAGAAAUUAUGUUUUACAAUAAUGCGCUUUUUAUAUGAUUAACUGCAAAAAAUGUUUGUGUUAGCGUCUAUGUUCAAUGUAUUUGUAUAUUUGAUGCAUUUUAAAAUCAGCUGUGUAUAUAUGUCUGUGAUGUAGGUUUGUAUAUUUUUGACUGCGGCCAGGAUGCAAACUAUUUUUGCGUUCUCCAAUUAUGUAUAUUUUGGUUGCUUACCCGAUGUUGUCAAUAUACGGGAAGUAUAAACAACUGUCAUAUAAGUUGAAGGUUUGUUUAGCUAUAAAACCGGGUUUCACCAAACAUUGUCUUUAGAAAAUGCCUGUAACAAGUCAUGAAUAUAACUUUAAUGAACUUCUCUCUUUUACAAAAUUACCUUUGAUAUCGGUAGUUUCGUAAAUAUGUUCGUCACGAUUUAAUAACGACAUAUAAACGUUUUAUCCAUAAUACAAGCAAAGUUACAAGUAGUUAAUUUUUUUAAAUCUUAUAGGUCGCAAUAAGAGACAUUGCUGUUUUGUAAUCACCAACCAUACAGGACCCAAUUUUGAUACAUAAAAAACAUUGACAAAAGCAGCUAGAUGUUUUUCAUUUUUCAUUUUUACUAUUUUAAUGUAAUGCUUGUACCUGAAACAACUGAACACUAAACAUAAAUUAUAAUUCGAGUUAGAGAGUGACAAGUUUAACCAAAACACGAUAAUCAAAACUAUUUACGGAUGCUAUAUAUUAAAAUAUAAUAUCAAGAGGUCAUUCGAUUGACAUGUUUAACUGGAACUAAUAUUAUUAAGUAUCACAAGUGCUUAUACAUGUACAAAGGGUGAUGUAUAUUAUACAGAUGAGGCCAUCCGAGGUUGUCAGCAGUUUCUAUUUGUUGAUCAUCGAUCACGCCGUUGCAAAUUAUGUGUGAUUUCGAUUGCAACUAGGAUGGGAAAUUUAUACACAAUUAACCUUAGAUUAAGCGAAAAAAAAUCUUCAAUUUUUAAAUGUUACACAGUUCUUUUCCAUUUAAUGUUUAUUUUGGAAUAUUUCCUUAAAUUAUUCGUAUAUCAAUUCAAUAGGACAACAAUUGUGAGUGUAUAUAUAUUCAUUAGUAGAAUGACACUCUCGUUUUAUCUCUUUGCUAGUUGUUAUCGUGUUGAGUACAUAUCGAAUGAAUCAAUCAUGUUUCAACUGGUUUUUUUUCAUUUACUUUCAAUUAUUAGCUGGUAAACUAUUGUCUGGUGUAAAUUUGCAAGUUAUAUGUUUAAAAGGAUGUUUUAAUAAAAAUUCAUGUAUGCGUCAAAUAAAAUCAGAACUGUUA